ACAAUCCACUGCACAUCCACCUGCACCAUCUCCAACUACACCAUCUCCACUCACUUCGACCUUCCUUCUUCCAUUGAGCUUGAGCAAUACCGUCACAAUGUCCAAGGGCGAUGUGGAUCAGGGCAAGAAGUCCUUCAUGGGCAUGCCCGGUUUCGUCGUCGACUUCUUGAUGGGUGGUGUCUCCGCCGCCGUCUCCAAGACCGCCGCUGCACCUAUCGAGCGUGUUAAGCUCCUCAUUCAGAACCAGGAUGAGAUGUUGAAGAGUGGCCGUCUCGACCGCAAGUACAAUGGCAUCAUCGACUGCUUCCGCAGGACGAUGGGUGACGAAGGUGUUGCGGCGCUGUGGCGUGGCAACACUGCCAACGUUAUCCGUUACUUCCCAACCCAGGCCCUGAACUUCGCGUUCCGUGACACCUACAAGUCAAUGUUCGGCUACAAGAAGGAACGUGAUGGCUACUGGUGGUGGAUGUUCGGUAACCUUGCAUCUGGUGGUGCUGCCGGUGCCACCUCCCUCCUCUUCGUCUACUCUCUCGACUACGCCCGUACCCGUCUGGCCAACGACGCCAAGAACGCAAAGAAGGGCGGUGAGCGUCAAUUCAACGGCCUGGUUGAUGUCUACAAGAAGACCCUCGCCACCGACGGUGUCGCCGGUCUCUACCGUGGUUUCAUGCCCUCCGUCACUGGUAUCAUCGUCUACCGUGGUCUCUACUUCGGCAUGUACGACUCGCUCAAGCCCGUCAUCCUCGUCGGCCCGCUCGAGGGCAACUUCCUCGCCUCCUUCUUGCUCGGCUGGGGUGUCACGACUGCCGCUGGUGUUGCCUCGUACCCGCUUGACACCAUCCGUCGUCGCAUGAUGAUGACGUCUGGUGAGGCCGUCAAGUACAAGUCCUCCCUCGACGCCGCGCAGCAGAUCGUCGCCAAGGAGGGUGUCGCCUCGCUCUUCAAGGGUGCGGGUGCCAACAUCCUCCGUGGUGUCGCUGGUGCCGGUGUGCUCUCCAUCUACGACCAGGCUCAGCUGCUCAUGUUCGGCAAGGCCUUCAAGGGUGGCUCAGGUUAAGCGCCUCAACCUACCCAACAAGAAGAUCAAUCAACUCAUGGUCUAAACGGCGGUGGAAGGAGCAUGGGAGUCUGCAUGCCUGUGAAGAUUGCAGACGGCAUAAAAUGGGGUUGUGCAUUAUGGCGAGGGUGUAGCGUGGGGGGCAGCAAGGCUCUAGGCUGGACUGGGGCUGAUGCUGCAGGUGCGCUGGAUUGGUGGUGGACAUGGCGAUGAGGUGAGACUGCUGUGCUGAUGGACGUGCAUGGUGGUCUUUCUUCUGAGCCUGCAAUGUGUACCUGUAUUCCUGCGGUAUCGCCUCUUCCGCGUGUACUACAAUUGGUUGCGAG